AUGACACGCACAAGAUUGUGCAACGACUGCAGCCCUUUGCGAGCAAGAAAAGGAGUGAAUUUUCAAGCUUUGAAACGCCUGCAAGCGCAACAGAAGGCAGACGCCGUCCCCAAGGACUUGCCGCUGGAGGAAACGAAAUCCUUGAAGCGUGCCCUGGACACGUCUGCUGAGGAACACUCCACGAAGCGGCAGAAGAAGAUGGUGGUUGCUUUGGCAGAGCGAGUGACAGCCAAGUUGGCCUUGGUUUCGCCAGCCACUUUUGCGACGGAUGAUGAAGAGGAGUUCAAGAAGUUGGACGGCGUGCAGUUGCGGGAGCUGAAAACGGCUGAGAUUCGGGGAGAUGCACAGCAUGGCCUGGCCGUUUGCAUUAUCAGCAAGAAUGAGAUUCCCAAUGCAGACAAGAUCGUCAAAGACAAGGCAAAGGCGUUGUCUCAGCUUUGUGGGCUGCGUGUUUGUCAUUUGACAAGCAGCAGUCUAGUUGCGAGGUGUUUGCGGGCAAAGUUUGUCAUUUUCCUUGCAACUUCGAAGGAGGCAGAGGCAGGUUUGAUUUAUCAUGGCACUGAAAGUCAUCAGGGUCUCGAUCUCGGGGCUUGCGUCAGCCGGUUGGUUGGAGGAUACGUAGCGGGGCCGGCUUGGAUGGCAGAGUGCCUUCGCCGUGGACAGCUCUUGACUCCCUUGCUUCGUUUGAGUGCGGCCGCAAAAGUUCAAAGGCAGGUGGGAUUCUGUGACAGUUUGACACAACAAGUUGCAGUUCUCAAGCUACUUUCUGCUAUUGAGAGCGAUGAACUGGGAUCUCGGCGCUGGAUCAUUCGAUCCAGCAGAGCAGCGCU